AUGGGGUCCACACACCAAUCGUGGGAGCAGAUCGUCUCCCAAAAGCGUACCGCAAGAGAUCAACUACUCGCGCCAUAUUUGAUCGAUGAUAUCGAGCAUCGAGGCCCCCGGGCCUUGAAUGUUGAUCAGCGCAGCCGCCUGGAGAAAGAUCCUCAAGUUCAGGAAAUCACUGAUAUCGAUAACAUCGUUGUUCUGUUACAGCUUCUUCAAAAGGGGGAGUUGACGGCGGAAUCGGUGAUCAAGGCGUAUAUCAAAAGAGCUGUGGUGGCACAUCAACUGACCAAUUGCCUCACGGAAGUCUGCUUCACAGAAGCGUUGGAGCAUGCGAAGGCACUCGAUGCCGAAUUUGAGAUAACUCGUCAGCCCAAGGGACCUUUACAUGGUAUACCAAUUACCCUGAAAGACCAAUUUAACGUCAAGGGUCUCGAUACAACAAUCGGAUAUGUCGGCAGGUCAUUCUCUCCUGCAAACGAAGAUGCAGUCUUAGUACAGAUGUUAAAGAACAUGGGCGCCAUCGUCAUUGCGAAAACGAACCUUUGUCAAAGCAUCAUGUGGGCUGAAACCGAGAAUCCACUCUGGGGACUGACAACAAACGCCCGAAACCCUUCUUUCACACCAGGAGGCUCUACCGGAGGCGAAGGACCACUACUCGCUUUACACGGCUCUAUUCUAGGCUUUGGAACCGAUAUUGGAGGCAGUGUUCGCAUCCCACAGAGUGUCGCAGGCCUCUAUGGCUUAAAACCCAGCAGCAGCCGAUUCCCAUACCACGGCCUUCCCGUAUCCACCGAAGGCCAGGAACACGUUCCAUCGUCAAACCCACGCUGCGCACCACUCCCCUGGAACGAACUAUCAUUCCGAGAAAUUCAACAACGCCCACUAGUCAUCGGACUAAUUCUCGACGACGGCGUCGUGAAAGUUCACCCACCCAUCGCCCGGGCAUUACGCGAACUAUCCGCAGCAUUGAAAGCCGCCGGUCAUGAGAUUGUGAUAUGGGAUACAUCCGACCACGCGACCGCGAUCGAAAUAAUGGAUCAAUACUACACAGUCGAUGGGGGCGAGGAUAUUCGACGCGAUAUCGCAGUCGCGGGCGAACCUUAUAUUCCCCACGUCGAGGCUUUGGUUAAUCGUGGCAAACCAAUUUCCGUAUACGAGUAUUGGCAGUUGAAUAAGCGUAAGGCUGCUGCGCAUAAGAAAUAUCUUGAUAAAUGGAAUGGUGCACGAUCGGAUUCGGGAAAGCCUGUGGAUAUACUUUUGAGUCCGACUUUGCCGCAUACGAGUGUUCCGCAUCGAAAGUUUCGUUGGGUGGGUUAUACGAAGAUUUGGAAUUUUCUCGAUUAUCCGGCUUUGACGUUCCCUGUUGAUCAGGUAAAGGCGGAUAGGGAUCAGCUACCUGAGGAGCCGUAUAAGCCGAGAAAUUCGGUUGAUGAGUGGAAUUGGAAUCUUUAUGAUGCGGAGCAGGUGGAUGGGUAUCCUGUGAAUUUGCAGAUUAUUGGGAGGAAGUUGGAAGAAGAGAAGGUGCUUGGGGCGGCGACUGUUAUUGAGAAGAUAUGGAAGAGCCGUAUCUAG